GUUGCGUUCUGCUAGUUCCAAUCCGGACACUCCCAUUGCAAUAGCAUUUAGAUUCGUUUAAUCCUCUUGUUAUGUGCAACAUGCCAGGCUCUGUUGCUUCCUAAUGCGUUAGCGAGCGUCAACUUGGACGGAAUGGCGCGUUACGGUGCUCCUGAUCCGUGCGCCUUGCUUCAGGAAUUACUGAAGGCCGCUACGGGAGAGCUGUUGACGAGCACCCUGAAGUCGGUACGUGCCCUGGGCCACCAGCUUCGUUCCUUUAUCGAUUCUAUUGAAGGCGUGAAAGACUUGGUCAUUGAGGAGGAUCUCAUCUUCCCACUUGAUCACAUUGCCAGUGCUGGCGUGUUGAAGAGAACUUGCAGCGUGGAGAAAAUCUACAAGUUAGAAACAACAGCACCACCUGCAGGCAAUAAACAAUGUGCCUAUCUUGUGAGGUCAACGAUUGCGAACAUGAAAGUGAUAGCCAACCACAUCACGUACCACAAGCAGAACAAGAAGGAAUGCAAGUAUUACGUCAUCUGUAUCCCCAGAAAGGCCCAUGUCUGCGAGCAGACGCUGGAAAGCGAAGGGGUUUUCGGCUAUGUGAAGCUGUUGGAGUAUCCGCUGGGUCUCAUUCCACUGGACACGGAUCUUUUCUCACUGGAACUUCCUGGUUUCUUCAGCACAUUCUUCAUCGAUGGUGACUGUGCUUGGACAAGUUGUGUGGCCCAAUCCAUUCUCCAGCUGGAAAGCCUGUGUGGUCCAAUCGGCCACAUUUAUGCCCAGGGAAACUGUGCAGAGGGUGUACUAAAGGUUAUAAAGCUUUUCCCUUCCGACUUCUCGAAACCUAAGGAACCUUCGUUGCCACGAAUCAGUCACUUGUUUCUGUUUGACAGAGACAUUGACUAUGCAAGCGUGCUGCUCACCCAACUCACUUAUUCUGGUCUUCUGGAUGAGUACUUUGGAAUUAAAAGUGGGAAAGUCACUUUCGACAAAGCAGUGACUGGGAAGGACCAGGAAAUGCGGCUUACCGUCAACAGCACAGACCUGGUCUACAAGGAGAUCAGGGAUGCACAUUUUGGAAGUGUCUUCGUGUUGCUUAAGGAAAAAGCACAACAGCUACAAUCAAAGUACAAUGAGAGGCACGGAAUGUCUAUUGGAGACAUGAAAAACUUUGUCGCCAACGAACUGAGGUCCUUGCAGCAGCAGCACAGCUCAUUAGCAGUGUAUAUUGGGUCAUGUGAAGUUAUCAAGAACUCCCGCACAAAUUUUGAAGGGCAACUGAGGACAGAGCAUAGUUUGCUGGAAGGCUUAGAGGUGAGGGAAGGGAUGAACUUCAUCGAGGAGUGCAUCAACAGGCAGCACUCUGCAGUAGGCACCUUGCGCCUGCUCUGCCUGCUGUCGCUCACGCAAGACGGCAUUCCAUCCCAAGAGUACAAGACCCUCACGCAGCAGUUUUUACAGAGCCAUGGCCACCACCACAUGUGGACGUUUCAUCUCCUCAAGAAGCUCGGUCUCUGCCAGGAUCAGGGAGCCAGCCGGAUAGGAGGGGCCGCAGCUUCGGCUAUGGCUCCGACCCUUGCCAGCAAGGUGGCAGCCGCCAUGGCGUCGCUACCCAGGGCGACACGCUUCAGCGCUAUCACCAAAAGGCUAAGUCUGAUUCCACCCAAUGCAGGUGAUAGUUAUGACCUGAAGAAUCCUCGAGACAUGGGCUACGUGUUCAGCGGUGCCUACAUCCCAGUGGUGUGCAGACUGGUGGAGCAGAUCCUCCUGAAGGAUGGUAUUCAUGGCUACGAAGAUGCCCUGAAGCUUCUACCUGGUUCAACCACAAUGUACACUAAUCCACAUUCUAAAGAUCCUUCACAGGCUAAGAUUGUCAUGGUGUACUUUCUGGGAGGCGUGACGUUUGCAGAGAUUGCUGCACUCCGGCUUUUAGGAAAACUGAAAGGUUACCACAUACUGGUUGCAACAACCGCUACUGUCAACGGCAACAGCCUACUUGAAAACGUCAUCAUGAAGGGUCGGUAGCCGUGGACGCUGCAAGGAGGACCCAACACCUUCCUUUUUACAGCAUAGCUGUGCUCGCCUUUACUGAGAUCGCUAGCCAUGUCGUGAGGCAUUAGAUGCCCAACGUGUCAGCCCAAACGGCUGUGCAGCACCUCUUAGGAAUUUAGCUAUGUCCUUGCCGUCUUCAACCGCUCUUCUUUUCACGUCAUUGUGGAUGCAUUCAGUUCACACCCACUGCACCACUGCAUGGAGCACCAUCGAUACUUCGCCUGCCAUUAGAUAUUCGCUAUUAACUGCUUUUAUGAAGAUUGAAGGUUGGGCAAGUAUGGUCUAUCCCAACUGUUGGAAAGAAGUGCCAGGCAAAAUGAACACAGGUACAGGACAUAAUUUUACUGUCACUUGAAGAGUUGCAGUCACAAGAGGGCAAUGCAUGAUUGCAUGCAAAAAAUUAGUGCUGUGGCUAUAUAUAGCUUCUUGAAUCUGUCAAUAUAUUGAUUGUAAAUAUCACCUUGAAUAUUCAGUAUCCUUUGCUCUGUUCAUUUUGUAUGGUGUAAUAUUGUUGCAACCAGUACUAUUUUUUGUUUUGCUGACCACCCCAGCAAACGUGCCCUGCAUAUCUAUUCUAAAGAAUCCAGCUGUGGUAACUUUUGUGUGUGAUGGCGUCAAAAUAAUUGAGGAACUGGGGCACCUUGAAAAAAAUAAGGCAUUGCGAAGAAUGGAAACACUGAGAACCCUUAUGGUUUGGCAAUGAUUUGAAUCACUUGUUACUGUAUACUCACUAAAUGUGAGGACACUUCAGUUUGCACUGUGAAAAAUAACAUUAACAAUGUAGUAUACUGCUGUCAACUGCAAGUUUACAAAAGUGGGAGCAAGAAAUUAUUAACUGGGACCACGCUAGAUAUCAUUGUCAUUUCGCCAUUUGUUGCACUGUUGCCAGUUUUGACACAAUUUUAGUGUGACUGCCUAUCUGUGGCAUGUUGGUUGAUGAAGUGUGUGGCGGUGCAAUGCUUAACAGUUACUUGCGAGGAGUGUUCUGCUGCCAUACCUUACAGCCUCAUAUUAGUCCACAGUAGUACAAUCCACACUGUGUUUUUUCACGCCGUAAUCGGUAGUGGACCUACUUAUCGUAGCUAGUGUGUUUGAUCGAAUUGUGUGAACUGUCGAGGCAUAAUCGGGAAGUCACUGCAAGCAGCCACGUUGUCUGUGAAAUUUUUAUGCUGUCAGUUUGGUGCACGUGCCGUUAACUGGUGUGUCCGCAGUGUAAGAUGCAACUGUUUACGUGUCGGUGUCUGAUUGUAAGCUCACCUCGCUUAAGCUCCCGAACUACCCCUCGUGCAUGGUGAAAAACGUAUACAGCAGAAAAAGAAGGAUGCGCUUUGAACAGCUAAGGUGAGUGCUGCAGUUGUGCUCAGAAAGGAGAGUUCACAAGCAGAGCGUAAAGUUGCCACUUUUUCAAAUGCCUUCUCUUAUACACAGGCCUGUAUUAGCACUUUUUGAAGGGCCAUCGUACCGGAGACUUUACAUCACUUAACACAUUACUGCUAUUGUCUGGAAACUGAUGUAAAUUAGGAGCAGUGCUUGGAUCAAAUGGUCUUCUUGCCUUGAAGUGCUGCCACGUGCCGGGCACUGCCCUCUAUGUCGCUAAAGCUUCGAGAUGCAUGAUCAACCUCACGACGUGCACAUUUCAUCAGUUCUCAUCCCUUUCUGUGUAGCGUACAGCUUGCUCUUCGAGAUAAACAAAAAGAGAAAGUGUUCAAAGUGUGCAACAAAUCCCUCCAACCCUGCUUGUACUUGAUGAAUUAAAAAAAAUUUUUCCGUGGCCGAUAGGUGGUGCUAUAAACUCUGAUACUGAGGUCACUCGGUUAUUACUUGGAAGUAGUUCAGUACCCCUUUAAAAGCACGCAUAUUGGAAAAAAAAUUUUGCGUCGCAGUUCACAGGAGGGACGGACAUAACCCGGAUUUUAUUUGGGGAGGUUGGGGGUGGGGUGUUAUACUUUCUGUAUAUAUGCAUGCAUGCAUACAGUAUAGACAUGGAAACAGAGAAAUUUUAGGUGUAGUUGGGGAGUAUUUGAACUCCAAAUCCCUUUCACUGGCUACGCUUAUGGUUUAAGGGUAAGCUGGAUGUGCUUAAGAUAUGAAAUGAUUGGAUGUGGCUUGUACAGAUGAAUUGGACAUGGCUUGUACUCGCAUUUAAAGUAUGACACAAAAGCCAACACAGGAACUUCUACACUGCUGUUUACUCCCGCGAAUCAAGUUGUACUUUCAGUUACUGUAUGUGGAUUUGUAAACCUUUUGUGACCAAUGUAUUGGUAGUGUAUGAACAUGUCUAGAAGAUGGUGCUAGAAGUGCAUGAUGAAUGAGUUACCGUACAGUGCUGUGAUCACUUUUUAUUUAGACUGACUGUGCUGAGAGGCAUUUGCUUGUGUUGAGAGGAUGCUUUUAUUUUGCCACUCGGAUGAGUGUAUACUGGGGCGCAGUGUAAGGUUGAUCAGAGUGCAUGCAUGGAUGGUCUAUGCAGAUUUUCGGGGGCGGGGGGCACCAUGACAAGUAUGUUCCUUAUGGGGUAAGCAGGGGAAGAAAGGAAUGGCAGUCAAAAUUUUUGGGCCCCCCUGUGGCAGUACCCAUGCGUUCAUGACUAGAGGUUGUUCAACUCAGAAAUGUGUUUAUUUCUGUGCCAUGGUGACUGUAAUAUAAAUGAUAUGGAAUGGUUCUCUGUAGUGUUAGUUUGCUGUGUGAUCAUUUGAAGUGAUUCACUGUUCUAAUGAGAGGAUUUGUUUUUGUCAAGGCUUAUAAUUUGAAAUUUCGGUUUGGAAAGGAAGUUUUUAUCAUUUACACACUGUUAAUAAAAACACAGGAAGCAAUUUGAGGCAAGUUUAUUAGAUGCUGAUCUGCGAAGAGUGUUGAAGUGGUCUUGGUGUUCAGUGAAGGCUUCAUUUAUGCACUAAUAAUUUUUUUGCGUACCACUUGUGUCUUGUACGGUAUAUGCCGCAAACACACAUACACUGUCUCCACUUGCUAUAUAGUGCAUGUAAACACGAAAGGCCUUUUUCUAAUAGCUUAAGAAAACAGACUUAAUAGAUCAACAGGUAGUUCGAGAUUAUUCGUAAAUUUCUUACGGUCUGCGGAUUGCUGGGUUGCCAGAGUUGUAGGUGAUAGUAAUAAAACUAGAAACAAUGGCUUGAAGAAAGUUGAAGGGAAAACAAGCGAAAUUGCCAAAAUACUUUUUUUUUUUCACUACCGGUGUGUUGUACUAGAAGUUAUCAAAAUCAGCGGCUCGCACCUAGUGGCUAAAAUCGACUGUGCAAAAUGAAGUUACUUCUGUAAACUUUGCUACAAAAUGUUGAUGUUUUUAUAGACAAUCUGAAACCGCCUAAUAUCUUGGCAUAAUGUCUGCCAGUCUAACAUAACCAUGCACUUUUAGUUAAUCGUCAGCUUGUUUAGGAGUAACAAUCUUAAGCUCUUAGCACAUAUCAUUUUGUUGUUGUGAUUGUUUUCUGGUCUCUUUUGACCAUGCUAAGAGGCUGUAACACUAAAUAUUGACACUUGUGAGAAAAACAUGUGUGUUGUGUAGUUGAAAUUGUUGUUGAAAACAUGAAAGUAUCCUCUGUGAGCUCCUCUAGUUAUUGCAGUAAAUUAGCUCAUAGUGCGAGGAAGUGCAUCUACCAAUCUUUUUAUUGUGUGUGUGUUUUCAGUUUCAACGUGAACGAACUUUUAAGUAUGCUUGUUCUGGAUAUUUUAAAUGGAUACUAGAUAGAUACACUAAAUUACUUUAAAAUUGCAAAGUACUAUUUCAAAAUUGCCCAAUUUCAUUAUUUUAAUCACUUAUCGUUGCUCAGGAAAAGAAACAUGAACAUUCUAUCACUGAACAUUGCACCUAAGCCUCAGUACUCGUGCAGAAGGGUGGCAUUACAAAUUUUGAUGUAUUUUGUCAGUGCUAGGGUUGUUGCUGAGUAGCACUUCUUCAAACUUGCCAAGUCCAAUCCGUGACUCCCUUAGAAUGCAAUGUAGACUGCGCUCACCAACAAAAAAUAAGCUAGGCUUAACAAAUGCGCCAAUAAUGUGAAUGACAUUGUGGCAAGAUUUGUUGCGCCUCUAGUUUUCGCAUUUUGUUUAUGAUUUAUUGGGCUCGUUCAUAAAUGACGAAACCAUUUUGUUCCAAGGUAUUGUUGAAUGGUAAUUCAAGUGCAAACAUCAAUUUACAUUCUCCUUUUAGUGUCCUUUCAACUUUUGAUCCCACAUUAGCACUUACAGCUGUGUGUAAUAUAUUUCAACUAGUCGUUAAUUUCGGCUUCAAGGGACCAUCAAUUUUUUUUGGAAAGCGGUGGGAAAGGAAUCACUCAUGAGUAUGAAUUAUCGGAGGUUGAAUAAAGCAUGGUUAAAAACAA